CAAAUAUCUUUUUUUUUGGUGGAAUCUGUAAGGCAUAUCUGAAACGUGUAAAAAUAUGCUUCACUCACAAAAACAUUUACUAGGUUCUUUUAAGAUUUAAAAUUAUUAACUAACCCACCAACCACACCAACCAAUUUUUAACCAACUCCUUCUCUUCUUCACUCUCAUGCUCUCCUCUUCACUUCACCUUCACCUUCACCUUCACCAUCUCAAUGUACCAUCCUCCCAAUAACCAAAUCAAACUCACAAACCUAACUUCCCAAUUCACCCCAAAAUGCCACUCACACCUACUCCAACAACUAAUUCUUCAACCAUAUUCCAAAUCCUACAAACACACCCCCCUAAAAUGUUCUUCCACACCUCCCCCCACUCCAAUAAAAACCAUAAUCACCCUCCUCCGUACAAUCCCAGACUGGGCAGACCAAAACCAAGAACGAGGAAUGCAAAAAAACAGAACACUCUACAACCACACAAACUGGGUCACACACCGUUCCUCUCUCCGUCACGUGCGUCACUUUUUCUCUAGCUUCUCCUCACGUGUCAUCCUCUCUUUAGUCCCUCCUGUUCUCUUCUUCACUUCUUUCGCCGCCGUCAUCGCCGCUUACAACUCCGCCGUCUGGUUCCAUUACUUGCCGGAGUUUUUUCCUGUACUAAGAGCUUCUUCGCUUCCUUAUCAACUUACUGCUCCUGCUCUUGCGUUGCUAUUGGUUUUCAGAACGGAGGCUUCUUAUUCGAGAUUUGUUGAAGGGAAGAAAGCUUGGACUGCUGUUAUUGCUGCUGCUAGUGAUUUUGCUAGACUUGUUAUGGCUACUGUUGAUGUCAGUGGGAAGGGUGAUUUUCAAGUUAAGAAGGAGCUUUUGAAUUAUAUCAUUGCUUUUCCUAUUGUUCUUAAGUGUCAUGUGUUGUAUGGUUCAGACGUUGAGAGAGAUCUUCAACAUUUGCUAGAAGUAGAUGAUAUAGCAUUGAUCAUGAAAUCGAAUCAUCGACCUCGCUGCACUAUUGAGUUUAUAUCGCAGAGCAUUCGGCUACUAAAAUUGGAGGAUUCUAGAAGAAGUAUCUUGGAAUCAAAGAUCACUUGUUUCCAUGAAGGAAUUGGCUUAUGUGAACAGCUUCUGGGUAUUCCGAUUCCGUUAUCAUAUACUCGCCUGACUUCAAGGUUUCUUGUCUUAUGGCAUCUGACGCUCCCUAUCAUACUUUGGGAUGAUUGUCAUUGGAUUGUCGUUCCUGCUACCUUUAUCAGUGCUGCCUCUUUGUUCUGCAUUGAAGAAGUUGGAGUUCUUAUAGAGGAUCCAUUUCCAAUGCUUGCGCUUAAUGAUCUCUGCCAAAAGGCCCAGAAAGACAUUCAAGAAGCAAUUGCAACCGAAAAUGUGAUUCAUGCACACCUUGUUGCAAAGCGAAACUACCACUCUAAAGAGCAUUCACCAAAUGGCUGGCCUAGUUCCUAAACAGAAGAGAAUUUUGCUUUGAAUAUCUUCUUCUACUUUUACUUAUGAGGUGGCUCUAUAUGUUGUACUUGUUUAGUGGUUAGGAAUUAUAUCAUGUAAUUAAUCAUGAUCAUUGUGCUACACUUGCACUAGCUUGACAAUUUCUUUAGGAAAUUGCCUCAAGUACAUCAAUAGUUCUUUAGGAGUAUAUUAUGCUAAUGUAGUGCAUCUGUAUAUAUCAUAAAUUCAUAAUCAUGUAAAUAUAAUCUCAUCAAUUCAGACCUUCAUUUUGAUGGUUUAUCAA